ACGUCAAAUGCCGCCAUUACAUUCCGCUGUCAAGUUGCUGACGAUAUCCAAUAAAAUUUGAGCUUUUUCAAAUUUAACAGGAAGUUGUGUCCCAUAACUGAAAUCUGGUGGGCUUGGUGAAAUUUGUGGCGAAUUAUUACAAUUUUUUGAUAAAAUAAUGGCUCAAAAUAUCAAUCCACAUUAUGCCUCUUCGUCUAAUCCAGCUAAACAGAAUGAAGACACAAUUAAAUUGAAAGAUAAUCAUGCAGUUAGCAAACGACUUCAAAAGGAACUAAUGGAGCUAAUGAGGUGCAUGGACAAAGGCAUAUCAGCUUUCCCCGAGAGUGAAAACCUCUUCAAAUGGAUAGGCACCAUCAACGGACCACUAGAUACAGUGUACGCUGGCCACAAGUACAAAUUGUCGCUCGAGUUCCCAAAUUCUUACCCGUAUGCUCCUCCAGCUGUCAAAUUUAUAACACCGUGUUUCCACCCCAACGUAGACACCUGCGGAUUAAUAUGUCUAGAUAUUCUAAAAGAUAAAUGGACAGCUUUAUAUGAUGUCCGUACUGUAUUACUAUCCAUUCAAAGUUUGUUAGCAGAGCCUAAUACGCAGAGUCCGUUAAACCAACAAGCCUCAUAUCUCUGGCCCAAUCAGCCUGCGUACAAAAAAUAUCUAGAUGACUUUUACAAUAAGCACAAAGACUCAUAGUGGGUUUGAUGUUUUUGAUUGUGUUUUUUUUUGUGUUGUGAAUGUUUUGAACGUGGGGUUGUGGUAUGACGAGUUUUUGCGUCGUAUACAUUCCUUAGGUUCUAUGCACUGACUGAUAUUAAUCUUAUUUAGGAAAUAUUAAGCUGUCUUUGUAGUAAUUAACUGUAUGCUGUCUUCCUUAACUAUUUUUAUUUUAUUUGUUCUAAAAAUUUUGAGAUGUUUAAUAUUUGGAAUUAGGACAGUGGUUAUUUUCUGUUUACCUUAACAAAACUUCUUUCAUACAAAAUGUUCUGAAAGACACUAUAAAGUUCACCUACAUUUAUUUUCUUUGAAACUUAUCGUUACCAUAUACUGUUGCCAUUGUAGUACAUAUUUCCUAAAGCAGUAAAAACUCGUCACCCUGCACCUCCUGGGUGCGAACACGUGAGACGGGAUAAAUGUACCUUAUUGAGAGAUCACUGACAUUACAAUUCUUUAGUGCAAUUCA